GUGCAGUUAGGUAAAGUAAAGCAGCAUAAGAAGAACGACAAGGCAAACAGAGCCUUCAGGGAAAGAUGGUGCGAACUGCCCUCUUCCUUCUGCUGCUCAACACCUCGGGCUGCUGUGGUUUUGGCUUUAAAAGCUGCUUCAUGUCCUACCCCGGGACUGGCAACAUGAGGUGCAGCAACCAGAACAUAGCUAACCUCACUGACGUCCUGAGCAAGAUCCCAGAUAACACAACACAACUAAACCUGUCCAUGAACAAGAUCAAUGUCAUCCCACAUGGGUCAUGGAGUCAUCUGUCUGGGCUUAAAUACCUGGACAUGAGCAAGAACAAGCUGGCCGAUCUGAAAGGAGGAGAAUUCAGAGGCCUGGGUGUCCUGAAUUUACUCAACCUUACCGGAAACAACAUCUCACACAUCAACUCUAGUAGCUUUGAUGCGCUAAGUAUGCUACAAACCCUGCUUCUGAAUCGAAACAAACUUGGCACAAUCUCUCCGGAUAUCUUUAACUCCCUACCAGCGAUUCAACAUGUCGAUCUGUCCAAUAACAUUCUCCAGAGUCUCAGCUGUGGAGACUCUGGUGGAUCUUCUACUCUUCAGCGUCUUGAUCUUUUCUCAAACAGCAUCCGGAUGAUAAAUCUGAGCUGUUUUCCUGCCCUGCAGCACAUCUCUCUGUCUUUCAACCCAAAGCUGGAGCUACACUCUGACGUUUUUGCCUCCAACCCCAGGCUGAAAAAUCUGCUUUGUGAGGGAGUAAAAGCCAAAGUGCUGAUGGGACUCUCGGCAGAGACAAAAAGGAAUCUCUCUUGGGUCUCAUUUUCUCUGUCUUUGGAGGAAUCUCCAUUGACCAUAUGCGGGCUGCUGAAAGGAAUGGAACAGCUUGAUAGAGUUGAGGUCGACUUGAAGAGAUCCAGGUUACCAGAGACGAACUCCAGCCUUAUGGACUGUAACACUCCAAGUAUGGUGAUAAUUAAUCAUGCAAACCUCGAACAUGUUACCCAGUUGGGCAGGGGUAAUACGAGCACACUUUACCUAAACAACUGUGGUUUGAAGCAGAUAUCUCGUACUACAUUUGAUGGUUACCCAGGACUGAAAACACUGGAGCUAAAUAGAAAUGCACCCGACAUUCAGCGAGAUACAUUCAUAGGACUGACCCACCUUACAAAUUUAGGCAUGGACAGCUGCAGAGUUCGUGACAUUCACCCCGACUGGUUUGUCCCUCUGAAGAAGCUGACUCGCCUGUCUCUCAUUAAAAAUGAAAUCAGUUGGUUGAGAAAGAAUGUAUUCAGCAAACUUAAUAAUCUUGAGGAGCUCUACCUGCAGUUCAACAUGCUGAAAUACAUCAUGAAUAACCCCUUCAGUAAGUUGCGGAGUCUAAUAAAGCUCAACCUCAGCUCGAACAUCAUUCUUUUCAUCAAAAACCAUACCUUUGAAGACCUUAUCAACCUCAGAUAUUUGAGCUUAAAUGGGAACCGCAUAAAGAUGCUGUCAACAAAUAUUCUGUCUGGCCUGACCAAUUUGAGGAAAAUGGUUUUGUACAACAACCGCCUCCAUUUUAAGCUCAAUGAAGCCCCUUUCAUCAACCUUACUUCCCUUGAGUUUCUGGACAUGCGGUACCAGGGGCCCGGACGUGAAUGCAUUGGUGUCAUUGGACCAAAUUUCUUCAAAGGUCAAAGCAGACUUCGCGCAUUCAAGAUUGGACAAAGCAGAAUUUUAGAAUUCCACCCUGACGCCUUUGUUCCUCUGAUCAAUUUGCAAAACUUGUUCAUAGUCGGAGUGGCUAUGAAAAAGACCAACCUGAGCGCAAUAUUCUCCCCUCUGAAAAGUCUGAAACUACUGACCCUCAGAGUAGACCUCGAUGUUUUCCCCGCUAACCUGCUGCCUCCAGAUAACUCACUGGAGUAUAUCAAAGUUUGGUCAAACCACCUUCACACUGUGGACAAAAGCAUGAUGGAUGCUCUGCCAAGAUUGCUUGUAUUGGACAUUUCAGAUAACCCGAUCAGCUGUAACUGUGAUAAUGCCUGGUUCAAGAACUGGGCCAUCCACAACAAUCAAACAAGGGUGUCCUUCCUGUACGACAUUCGGUGCGACGAGGAAAGGAAAUCUCCCUUCCUUUGGCAGUUUGACGAAAAGGCUUGCUCCUUUGAAUAUGUUUCCUUCACCCUCUUCAUCGCCUGCUCUGUUGUGGACAUUUUGUUUGUAUGUGUGUGUCUGGCCUGGCACACACAGGGCCCCACUGUGCGCUACCUGCUGCUCGUCCUCAGGGCCAAACUACGUGGACGUAGAAGUGCCAAAUUCCAGUAUGAUGCAUUCAUCUCCUACAGCUCUAAGGAUGAGGGCUGGGUGAUGAAGCAGUUGGUUCCCAGCCUGGAGAGGCCUGCUGCAGGUGCACCCCCCCUCCGGCUGUGCCUCCACCACAGAGACUUCCGACCCGGCGCUGCUGUCCUGGAGAACAUCGAGGCCGCCAUUUACGGUUCUCGCCACACCAUCUGUGUGGUGACGCGUAAUUUCCUGCAAAGCGAGUGGUGCUCCAUGGAGUUUCAGCUGGCCAGUCUGAGGCUUUUAUACGAUGGCAGUGACGUCCUGCUGCUGGUGUUCCUGGAGGAGAUACCUGAACGCUGCUUGUCUCCCUACACACGUUUAUGCAAGAUUGUUCGCAAGAAGACCUACCUGCUGUGGCCGGAGGAACCACAGGAGCAGGACACCUUCUGGGUCAGACUGAUCGAUGCUUUGAAGGACAAAGAGGAGGAGGAGGGAGAAGGAGGUGGAGAACAUGAUAUGGCACGUCUAAUUGGCUAGAACGAAUGCUACAUAUUCAACCUAUCCCUAAUUCAAUGUUCACAGCCUGACUGAUGCAUUGAUGCAAUCCAACAUAAUAUGGCAAUUUUUCGUUACUCGAGUUACUGAGUUUUGUUUUCAUUUAGUUGUGGCUCGCUUCUUGUUGACAUCAUUGCUGCCUAGUAAAAAGUGGAACAUGCUCACAGCAGGGUACUUUCCGGAGAAGAUUAUAAUGGUCCGUUAAUAAUAGUGUGCAUUAAGUCUUGAUAUAUGAAGUUGGUUUCCACAUAAAAAGUGAGGACUUGCAAAGUUCUAUAAUUUCACUGUAAUUACCUUUUUUUUUUGGCUUUUAAAGUUUUGUGUGCGCUGUUUUUAUGAAAUGACGUGUUUUGUUUUAUGUAUUUUCUCAUGAGCAAAAGGAGAAAUAUGUAGCAAGAAAAUUCACUGUAAGGGCAGUUAAGUCCAUUUUACAUUUGAUAUUUCAACCAUUCUGUAGACUGAACUAGUCUGUUUUUUUU